CGUGACACAGACAUCUCGAUCUUACCACCCCGGUUCUGUGCGGUGCGAACCAGACCCCUCCGGAAACGCAGUCCUCUAGAGAAACCGCAACCCCCAAAGUUGUACAGAUUAUUAGCGGCAGGUGCUGCCUCCAACGUUGGACUCCUUCCAUUUCUCGGAGGGGUCGCGAUUGCGACCAGUGUCAAAUCCAGAGUCUUCGCCGCCGCCCCGCCGCACCCCCGGUUAUUUCCUUUAGGAAAGAACACGCGCCCCCAGCGGUAUCCCGCAGUCCCCCGGACGGCCAGCUCCGUCCCUUGGAGCGCCCUUCCUCGGUUGCGGGGGGCGGGGGGGGAGAGGGACGCCUGGCUCUCCCUCCCACCUGCUAGGCGCACAGCGUUCUCGGUCCCCGGGACAGUGUGCGGCCGGGCCCGACACAGCCCGGUGCAGGCCGCGAGCGGCCGUCGGGGGAAAAGGAGGGGGUCUCCCUCGGGCCCGCCCUUUUCCCUGGACUCCCCCGCCCUCCCCCCCGCGCCGGAGCCGGAGCCGCCCGAGCGGAGGGCCCUUUAAGGAGGAGCGCGGGGCGCGGCGCAGGUGAGGGGCGGGCCCGCCGGGCGGAUCUGCGCUGCGCGCCGGCGCCGGCCCGGGAGCCGGAUUUGGAGAGCGCGGCGCCGGCGGGGCCGCAGGGGGCGGCGCGGCGGAGCCUCCCGUGGCCUCGGACGCUCCUCCUAGCCCGCGGCCGCCGCCCGCCUCCGCCUGCCCCUCCAGCUCCUUCGCCCCGACCCGGCCGGCCGGCCGGCCGCCCGCCACUUCCGGCCGCUCACCUGGGACGCGCUCACCUGGGACGCGCUCACCUGCCUCCGGGCGCCUGGGCAGCAGGAUGAAGGACCGACUGGAGCAGCUGAAGGCCAAGCAGCUGACACAGGAUGAUGAUGCCGACGAGGUCGAGGUUGCCAUUGACAACACGGCUUUCAUGGAUGAGUUCUUUUCUGAGAUCGAGGAGACUCGGCUCAACAUAGACAAGAUCUCAGAGCACGUGGAGGAGGCUAAGAAACUCUACAGUAUCAUCCUAUCCGCACCGAUUCCUGAGCCAAAAACCAAGGACGACCUAGAGCAGCUCACGACCGAGAUCAAGAAAAGAGCCAACAACGUCCGGAACAAACUGAAGAGUAUGGAGAGGCACAUUGAGGAAGAUGACGUGCGGUCGUCGGCAGACCUUCGGAUUCGGAAAUCCCAGCACUCCGUCCUGUCCCGGAAGUUUGUGGAGGUGAUGACCAAAUACAACGAGGCUCAGGUGGACUUCCGUGAACGCAGCAAAGGGCGAAUCCAGCGGCAGCUCGAAAUCACCGGCAAAAAGACCACAGAUGAGGAGUUGGAGGAGAUGUUGGAGAGUGGGAACCCCGCCAUCUUCACUUCUGGGAUCAUCGACUCUCAGAUUUCGAAGCAAGCCCUCAGCGAGAUCGAGGGGCGGCACAAGGACAUCGUGAGGCUGGAGAGCAGCAUCAAGGAGCUUCAUGACAUGUUCGUGGACAUCGCCAUGCUGGUGGAGAAUCAGGGAGAGAUGCUAGAUAACAUAGAGCUGAAUGUCAUGCACACAGUGGACCAUGUGGAGAAGGCACGGGAAGAAACUAAAAGAGCCGUGAAGUACCAGGGUCAGGCCCGGAAGGUUUGUGACCGAGUCUUAAUGUUGCUCUCCACCAUCACCCUGUGCACUGAUCAGCUCCUCCUUCCCCUGCCUCUCUUAGAACCCGAUUUCACUCCAGCAUGGUGUGGCCACCCUUGUCUUCAGAUGGGAAUGGAGUUUGAAUGGCCUUCCUGAGAGAGUGGGACCUGUCCCCUUGUCUCCUUGUAACCAUCCUUGGACCUGACCCAGCAAACAGUUUAGCCCGGAUGAAGCUAAUCUACCUGAUGCGACCCUGAGUUCUCCUCAAAACCUUCUCCUGCCCCAACUCUGAAGUGCCUUCUCUCCUGGACUGUGCAAACCACCCCAGCUUCUCUUUCUUUCCUCUGAAUGUGUCAAAUUAUGCCUUGCACCUUGGAAAGCCUAUUCAAAACCUUCUCAAGGUGCUGUAUUUUCUACCUCAUGGAGUAUUCUCCCAGAAAUUGCAGUGUAUUUUUUUAGGGGGGCAUUUUUAACAAAGCAAAGGGAUUCUUCCAAGUGUGGCAACAAUAAGACUUGACUUGAGCCUUCCACUUGGCAGGAUCUCAGUCCUUACAAUUUCUUGUCCCCACAUCUUGAAAAUAUGAGGAACUGGCAGAUGUCGUUUUGGUCUUAGAAGCUGACUUAUUUGAAAUUCAGUCUUAAAUUAAGCUCUUAGUAUGUUCAGCUUGGUGACCAACUUCAAUCUUUAUGUCGUAAUCUCUCGUGUUUACUCAAGGGGGCACCAUGAUGAUCCUAGAUGAUCCACGAUGAGGUUACCAUUUGUAAAGGUUAAGGGUAUGGGAUAUUUGUUUCCCAUAUCGAACUCUUGGAAACUGGCUGUUCUCCAUUGGAGUGAAGCUUUGUGAAGCCAUUGCCUUGAGGCCAGAAAUAACCAGGCACUUAAAAUUGGGCCAGGGACAGGUGCUUGAGUCUCAGGCUCUGGAAAUGAUCAAGACUGGUGCGAAUAUACAGUCACUCAUUUCAUGUAUUCCAGAUGUAUUUUUAUAACCAUGUGUGUGAGAUAUAUAUAUACAUAUAUGCCCAUGUCUCUCAGGAAGUAGGAAACUAGAAAUGGAGGAUAUUAUAACCUCAAAAAAAAAAAAUAACCUUGAGCUAGGCUAAAAAUUAGGUAAGAGACAUUUGCUUAUCUGCAAAUGAAUCAGAGUAGAAAUAUCUUCCCGUGUCAUUUAGAACCUUGUUUUAUGGAUGAGUACUGGGACGAUCAUGGAUCUCUGGGGUAGGGACUAAGUUGACCCCGUUAAGUUAUUCUGCUUAGCAGACAGAAGGUGUGACAAGUUUUGGUACCUCUUCCCACCAGUGCAUUGAUGAGGCUUGUCCUGAGAAUAUCCCAUAGCAAUCUGAGAUCAUUCAUGUGGCCUUUGGAUGAUCCUGUUGUCAGGGCUGAGUCAGUUGGGGGAGAUCAGGGACUACCGAGUAAUUCGUCCACUACCAGGUUGACAAGCUUGACAGGUUCUUGGUCUCCCCCAGUUCUUGUCAUGGAGGGAAGCAACAGCCAGGUAAUUUUCUAGUGAUGGUGCCCCUUAGAUUCCCAGUCCCUGCCAGUCUCCCUGAUUUAUAUUUCAGCCUUGACUUUCUAGGAUAGGGAGAGCACCCUAAUGCAGGCACAGCCCCUUGGCUUCCUCUGCAAAGGCUACUUACUCCGUCAUUGCCCAGCACUCAGACAGAGCCAAGGGGAUGCCCUCUUGCCCGUGGCUAUGAAGUCGAACAGCGGACUGGCUCCAGCAACUAGGGCAGACAAGCUCUAAUCACAGGCCUUUGUUGAGGCCUGGGGCUUAGUUUAAUACAAGUGAAGGGGUUUUUUGUUGUUGUUGUAUUUUUUUUUUAAUGUAAAGUUGAUUAUUUUAUUGAUAAUUUAAAAAUAAAUGACUUUAUAUUGAUUGUGAAACAGUUCUGCCUCUCUUUCCCUGCAAAACAGUGGCCGGAUGCCACCACGUGGUGGUUUUUGUUUAGGCUUUGGAAAGGGGUUAAAAUCUUUUUCAACCAUGUGCUGGACCAGAUGGACCAAAAGUCCCAGAUUUUGAAGAUGGUGUACCUCUCAAAGAAUGAAAUGUAACUGUAUUUGAGUUUCAGAUUUAAGCUGCUCCCUGCCCACCAUAAUUUGGUUCACUCGUCAUGAGUAUCUGGCUCCAGGAGACAGGAGAACUCUGGUGCGACGGGAUGGGAUCUAGAAGGCAGAGACAUACCAAACAUCCCUGGAGAUUGCUGUUGAUCUAAUUUUGAAUCUGUCCCCGAAAGCAAUGCUUCUGUUAACACCCUGGGUUCUAGAAGCCAGAUCCAUCUUCCUUUCCCUUCUCAUCCUCCACCGUGCCCGGAUCCGCUUUUGUCUCCCUUCUUUUGUGGCUGUGUCUGCACGUGGAUGCUGUUGCUCACAUGCUUUUUCUUUCCUUGUGUGGACGAGCAGAAGAAGAUCAUGAUCAUGAUCUGCUGUAUCAUCCUUGCGAUCAUCUUAGCUUCUACCAUUGGGGGCAUAUUUGCCUGAACAAGGUGAGCCAUCUGUGGGGAGGGUCAGACCUACUCUCCCUUACUUGAAACUCUGGUGUCCUCGGGGUUUUGUCAUUUGUCACCAGGUGCCCCAAAUCUGGGUGGGAUGAGGUGCUGAACUAGAUAAAGGCUGGAGAAAACUCAGGAAAGAAAUGCUUUGUAAAGAGAAAAAUGGGUGAAUAAUGGGUUGGCAGUAGAUGGGGAGACAGAAGGUGGCAAGCUGUUCCAAACCGGGUCUGGUAGCAGAACGAACGCUCUGUUCAGGAUGCUUCGUAGAAGGAUGUUGCUUCCCUGCAGCGGUUUGGGCUGUGGUGUCUGGGAAAAGCUGGAGGAGAGUUAGUUCUUGCAUUAAAAGCACCCCUAACUCUUUAGAAGAGAGCCAGCCAGUAAACCCCGAGUAACAAGUUAGUGCAGACUCGCUGAGGAAGGACUUGGUGAUCCUGGCUUCUAGCAUCCUGUUGUGUAUAAUCUGUGAAUUUCUUCCCCCUCCGUUUCUGUUGUCUCCUUCAGUCCUCACCGAUGGAGCCUCAGCCGGAGUUUCUAAUCCUUCUUCCACCUCUGUGGUGCCAUCACCUCUCCACUGCAGAUUCCUCACAGCUACCCCUCUUUCCAUGAUGAGACCUAUGACACAGGGCGUCAUCCAACCACCCAUUACACGUUAGCAAAGCUAGACUUCAGACAGUACGGAGCUGGGAGGGAGGGGCGGGCAGGGCUGGAGGAACAGGGAGCACAGCGGCGGACAGCUGGUUAGGCAAGGGCUGUGGGGCUGAGAACAGGUGCCUGUUUGGGAAACAGAACAGCCAGUGCUGCAGAGGAAGAAAAUGGUGCACUCCCCGCUCAUCAGGAUCUCAUUUUCUCUUUGAUCAACACCAGGCCCCUCAGGUUCUUCUAGGCCUCACCUUUGACCAACCUGCGUCUACUUCCUUCUUCAGGGUCUAAUCGUCUAAAGUGAAGGUUGUCUAACCAUAGGCGCCAUUCGGGUCUUGCUCACGGCAGCGUCCCCAGUGCUUAGCACAGUGCCUGCCACUUACAGAUGUUCAAGUAUCAGUUGACUUAAUUACCUGUAAUUAAGCUCUGAUUUCAGCUCAUGGAUGAGUCCUUGGGUCUUACUCUGAAACCUUUUAAGGCAUCAGUGGUAAACGGGUUAUGUAUCAGAUGCUGUGUGCACAUGCCUGGAAAUGGGCUGAUCCACACUUCUGCACAACAGGCCUCCUAUUUCGGUGACAUAUAAAGUCCUUUCAUAUGGGUGGUGAUGGAGUUCCACGGACGGUCUCUUAUUCUGCGAAGAUCGGCUGGCCCCAGGAUUGGGGUUCAGUAACUCAAGGUGGACCCCAAACAAACAAA